AUGGGUGAACUUAAGGAUGUUGAUCAUAUCGAAGAUGUGGUUGUAGAAGAGAAUAGAGACACAUGCCCCGAUCCUGAUCCUAUGCCGGAAUGGUUCACCAAAAACACUUGGGAUAAUAUGUUUUAUCCAUCACCAGUUAUGCAAGCCGAAGUAUCAAUGCGAGAGAAUUUUAGCUUCAAAACUGAGCAUUCAGACUUAGAGAGGCUUAUGGAUGCAAGUACGGGUACAAAGUACAAGUUACUAGUGGAUAAUAAUUAUGAACAGGGAACCUGUACAUUCAAGUCUGUAUUUUGGGUGUUUCGUCCAUGUAUUGUUGGGUUCAAGAAGUGUAGGCCUGUGAUUAGCAUUGAUGCAACCCACCUCUAUGGAAAAUAUAAAGGGAAAUUGAUUAUUGCAAUGGUGAUAGAUACUAAUAAUAAGAUUUAUCUACCAGCCUUCACCAUUGUCGAGAGCGAGAGCACAGAGAUUUGGGGUUGGUUCUUAGCUUGUAUAAGAAGGUAUGUUAUCGACCGGAGACACCUAUGUGUCAUAUUUGACAGACACCAUGGGAUACAAGGUAUCUUUAGAGACACUAAUCGAGACUUUUUACAACCUCCCAUGACAGAACAUCGUUACUGCCUUCGUCAUCUAUGUAGUAAUGUCAACUCUAGAUGGAAUAAUGAAACUUUUAAGAAUCUAGUAUGGAGGGUAGCACUUACUAUCCAGGAGCGAAAGUUUAAUGCCACCUUCGAUUUAAUUGAGAAUGUCAACUGGGAUACGCACCAAUAUCUGAAAGAUGUGCCCAAAGAGAAAUGGGCCCUAACUUUUGACAAGGGUUACCGUUAUAGGGCAAUGACUACAAACAUCUCCGAGUGCUUCAAUGGUGUUCUAAAGGGUGCUCGUAGCCUGCCCAUUAUGGUAAUAGUGAAAUACACAUGGUUCAAACCGAAUGCUUACUUCAAUGAUAGUCGCAAUAAGAACAUAGCACAGUGGAAUUCGGGAAAAAAAUGGACUAAAUAUGCCUUGGAUAUCUUCAUGAGAAAUAAGGCGAAGGCGGAGCAUUAUAGGGUGACAAGAUCGAGCGUGCAACAACAAUCAUAUCAAGUAGAUACACUGCAUAAUCCAAGGACUGUUGGACAUGGGGAUCACACACAUGGAGUUAAUCUGCUGCAAAGAACUUGCAUAUGUCAGAAAUGGAAAUUGUACAAGAUACCAUGUUCACAUCAUUGCCGUUUGUAUUAG